AUGGACACUCUUGCUUCUAGAAGGAGAAAGUCGAGCUCUGUGCCUCCUGGUGGGCUUAGUGGCGGUGCUACGGCAGCUGACACACCUGUCCCACUUGAAUCAGGAGAUGAGCUUGAGCCUUCGUACGAGGACCAAGAUGCAGCGGGAGCAGCCAACAGUCAGACUGGGAUUGAUGGUGAGGCACCAGCCUCUUCGAAGCCUCUACCAAAUCCUUUUUGGUCUGAAAAGGCUACAGCAGAAUUUCAGUUGAACCAGUCCCGACCGCGCGACUUACCUAGCACUACUGAGAGAGAUGAUGAUGUGGACGUGCAUCCACCGUAUGACUUCUCUGAGCCAGCCAUGGCAUCUUCUGGGCAAAAUGCUGGGAAACUUGAUGAUAGAAGUGAGUCAAGACUCUUGCACCGGGGUCUCGGAGCGAGCUCUCCGGGAUCCAGUGGCAAGGCGUCGAUCCUGGAGCGUGGUGAGACGACUACGAAAGUGGAAGUCAGGAGCUAUGCCCUUCAGGUGACGGAAUCCCCGACGGGACCAACACAGCCGGACCAUCAAGGAGCUCAGUACUUCAUGAUUGGUUCGGAUGGGGGUGACACUCCGUUUCGCGAGCAGGAGUCUACAAAGGUUAGGAGUUUGGAUGGGGAGAUGUUCUCGCAAAGAGCUUCUACUGCAGGCAGAGCUUCUGACGUCAGGGACCCUAGCCAGGCUACCGUUGCAGCGCUCCUGCAACGGGUCAAGGACCUUGAAGAUGCGCUAGUGGCGGAAAGAAACUCAGGAGCUUCGGUGUCAAUGAAGUCCGCGGCUGGUCAGAAUACGGGAACCUCAGUGUCGAUGAAGUCGGCGGCGCUCUCUCAGGAAGAGAAGAGACAGCGGGUAAGGAGAGCCAAGGCCACUGAGGAGGAAGGAAAGGAGGAGAAGCCAGAACACAGGCUUAAGAAGGUUAGAUACUGCUUGCAUGCAGUGCUUACCGUUCCGGUGUUGGCAACAGACAUCCUCAAGCAGGAAUAUGAUUACGAGCCGUCGGACCCGGGUGAGGGGGAAAAGCAUGAUGCCUCUACUUUGCAGGUUGAGCCCUUCGGAGAGGAUGAUGCUGAGUUGAGCGUUAGUGUGAUGAAGCCUUCGCCCCCAAAUGUGCAUGAGGUCCCGGGUGCUUGGGAGUUUCCUGAAGAGGGUUUCGUCGAAGAUGAGCCUCCUAAAGGGGCUGGUGAUGGCGACGCCAUGACAGGUGAUGAAGGUGGUGAUGGCGAUGAUGGUGUGACAACCGGUGAAGUUCCUUUGAAGGAGGUGCAUAUGCAUGAGGUGCCUUACUUAGUCAUGCUGCCAGAUAAAAAGGCCAAGACCGUCACCAAUGCCUUGAAAGAAGUUCUAGCGGACAUCGCUUAUUGGGGGCUCCCGGUACGCAGAGUCCAUACUGACAAAGGAGCAGAGUUCACGAAUGCACAGUUUCGCCAGCUCCUAGCGGAUCAUCAGGUUCGUCGUACAACAACGGUUGGCUCGGACUUUAAGGCUAAUGGGCGCACUGAAGCCCACAUAGGGCGUGUCAAGGGGCUCACUCGCGCAUUGCUUGCGGCGGCGUCUGCUGAUGAUGCGGAUUGGGCUUUUGCUAUGCGGCACGCUGUCUUCAGUAUGAGGUCGCAGGUCUUUACAGUCUUGGGUUUUCCCCAGCGCGAACCGAUUCCGUUCUACACCAAGGUUUGGGUAAGAAAGAAGGAAUGGACUUUGCACUUGUGGGCGCCAAAGUGUAUAGAGGCCCGCGUUAUGGCUCCCUCUGAGUCCGCUCCAGGUGGUUACGUAGUGCGCCUUCAACCGAGCCACCCUUCCGAUCUUUGGGAUGGUCUCCAGGGUUACUUUGAAACCACGGCGUUGAUUCAAGGGGUAAGGGCUCAGGAACCUGUCUUUGAGGCAUCCGGUGAGGUUUCGGUGAUCCCACCUAGCGAGGUGCGCAAAGGGGUGCCGGUGACUGAGGAAUCAAGGAAGACUCCCGCCUCUUCUGGGCCGCCUGGUCCAUCGUCUCGUUUGCGUCGUAAAACUCCUGACCCCUUGUGCAUUGACCUCCCGCACGCUGUGCGAGCCCUUGCUGAUUCUCUCGAGGCUCUCUCUGAGGACUUGUUGCGUCGGGGAUUGUAUGAUAAUGCAUCGUGGUCUCAGGUGCUGCGCCUCUUGCCCCAUAAGUCAAUCCGCAGGGGUUUUAUGUCAGCCCUGGGGCCUGGGACUCAGUAUCGUAGCUUUGGGAUGUUCACGCACGGGGGAGUGCUUGGUGUGACGACGGCUAGUCGUCAGCUUCCGCACACGCAAAGGUACCUUUUGGCAGUGCUACAGCACUAUCACCCUCAGGCUACAUUCACUUCUUUUGUAGCGUCGGUGAAUUGCAGCGCCCCCAUCCACCGUGACUACUUCAAUGCUCCGGAUAGCUUGAACUAUGUUGUUGGCGGAGCCGAGCAUUUGCGUGGCGGGCUUUGGAUCGAGGUUAGUUCAGAGUUUGCUAGCACUGCCGCUCCAGGGGUUUUGCAAUUUCGAGAGGUUGCUCCGCGUCGGUGGCUGCCGGGAAUGAUGUGGGAUACGGUUGGUGCCUCGUUCUCGUUCUCACCGCACUGCUUUCAUGCCGGUGACUCGUGGUCUGGCGACAAAUACCUCCUUGUUGCGUUCACUCUCAAACGAUGUGUGAAGGCUCCUCUCCCGGUUGUGGCGGAGCUGACUUGCGCCGGCUUUCCGUUGCCUUCUUGCUGCCCUGUUGAGGCGGAGUCUGAUUUCAGCGAAGAGGCUUAUGGUUUGGAUGCGGUCCUCGAGGCGCGCUCUGAAGGCAUAGAAAACUUCCUUGCCUAUUAUCAGGUGCUGUCGGGACUGGGGGAGUCACCCUCUGCUUCUGAUGCCCAUGCUCCGGACCAUGAGCCACCACCGUUGCAAACGAAAACUGUGAGCCUCGAUCAGGUCAAACGCGAACUUCCUUUGUGGAAGCCAGCGAUAAGUGCCGAAUAUGACAGCCUCCGUGUAAAAGGAGUGCUAAGGCCGAUUUCGGAACAACAAAUUGCGGAAUGGCUUGCCCAGGGACGUGCGGUGCUGCGUCUGCCCUCAAAAGGAGUCUUCACUCGCAAGGCGGUGUCAGGCUUAAGGAAGGCUAGGUGCGUCGCAUGUGGAAAUCACGGGCCUUCAGCUGGUGGCUCCGCGUAUGAACAUCGUAUGCUCACAUAUGCCGGUGGAAUCGACGCGAGCGCACUAAGAUUGUCGUUGGCUUUCAUAUCCCAGCACCCCGACUGGGAUGUCUGGGUGACAGACGUCAAAACAGCUUUCUUAAACGCGAAGUUGUCCGAUGGUGUUGAUAGCAGUCUGGUCGAGUCAGGGACCGAGGAGCUGAUCGUCCUUGAUCCGCCCCGAGGCAUUGUCGGCCUUCUGGUCGUAUAUGUCGAUGACCUCAUGAUUGGAGGUGUUGCAAAGUAUGCCCAGGCACUUGCGGGUGAGCUUCUUUGGGUGUCUGGAAAGACAAGAGUAGACAUUGUCUAUGGGGUUGCGAGGGUAACAUCAUUGGUGAGUCGAUGUCCGGAGCUUGCUUUCAAGCUCGGUCUGCAUAUCCUUUGCUAUCUUAAAGGCACCAAGCGGGUCGCUCUGAAGUACCAGUGCGCCGCAGAUCAGCCUCCCCAUGGCAUGCAUAAUGAGCGUCGCGUCACGGCUCUUCCUUACCUGCUUGAAUCUUUCACUGAUGCUAGUUUCGCUCCAGCUGGUGACAGAAGCUUUGAAGCUGGCCUGGUUCAGGUCGGUCGCAAUCUAGUCUUCUGGGGUGCAGGUAAGCAGCCCUUCACAGCUCUCUCUACUGCUGAGUGUGAGCUGUUAGGGGUUCUUGAGGGUGUAGCGUUGACGGAGUCCCUUGAAGGGCUGGUGCAUGAGCUUCACCCAGAGGUUCAGCAGUUUCCAGCGUGUCAGGCUUUCUGCGAUAACCUUGCAUCCAUCUCAAUCGCUUCUUUUGAAAGUGGCAAUUGGCGCACGCGCCACCUGCGGGUUCGGUCUCAAGCCCUCCGGGAAAGGCUCCAGUCUGGAAAGUGGCACCUGUCGCACUUAAAAGGAGAACACAUGCUGGCAGAUAUUGCCACGAAAGUGCUGCCUUGGACUCGUGUCAGAGACCUCUUGCUUUUGUGCGGGUACGAUGUGCCAAAGGUUAAGGCUCAGGGCAAGGGAGGAGUUGAAGGAUCGACGCAGGAUGACUGGAGUUCUUUAGCACACGACGCACUGAGCCAGUCGAAGAUGGCCUUGAGCAGCCAGAGCUUGAACCCAUUCCGCUUUCCGAGCAAAUCCCGCAGCCUAUAG